UACAACAAUGCCAGUGCUCUAGCCAGCCUCAGUACAGGAAACAAACAUGGUCUAAAUGGAAGUACCAGCUAAAUCCUUUUCUUUCACUUGAAGAAACCAACUGUACCAUCAUGGAUUCAAACAAUAUGCACAGUCCUGUGUUCCUGGUGCUUCCUCCAGAAGUUACCAGUCAAGAAUACCAAGCAACAGGACUUACAGCCACAGCCUAUGACUCCCAAAAACGAGUGCAGAAAAUCCUUAUUAGAAAAUUGAAGAUUUUAGGGACCGCCCAGAUCCUGUUUGGAAUCAUGAACUUUUCGUUUGGAGUUGUUUUCCUUUUUACCUUGGUAAACCCAUACCCAAGGUUUCCUUUUAUAUUUAUCUCAGGAUAUCCAUUUUGGGGCUCUGCUUUGUUCAUUAACUCUGGAGCCUUUCUGAUUGCACUGAAAAGAAAAACUACGAACACUCUGAUAAAAAUGAGCCAGGUGAUGAAUUUACUUAGUGCCCUGGGAGCAGCAGCUGGAAUCAUUCUCCUCAUAUUUGGUUUCCUUCUAGAUGAAGAAUUCAUCUGUGGCUAUUCUCCAGAUGCUAUUCAAUGUGGUCCUAUUACUGUUCUAUUCCUUGGGAUUUUGGUUAUGUUGAUGAUCUUCAGCAUUGCUGAACUGCUUAUUUCCCUCUUUUCCUCAUUUUUGGGAUACACCAAAAAAUAAUUUGCAGAAGGCUGUUGUUGAAUAGCACUGUGCAAGUAAAGAUGCAAUGUGAGACAGCUUAGAGGCCAGCACUGCUUGUGAUAAAGAGCCAACACAAAUACAUAUUUAAAGUUCGUAAUUAUUUGAAGCAAAGGGGGCUGGGAGCGACUCAAGGGGGAUCAUUUUGCCCGAUGAAACCCAUCCUGCAUCCCGGCAAUGCCACUUCCUCUCCGAACAGAAUGAUUCCCUCGGUGUAAUCACCCUUCUUGUUCUUUGUGGCAUGGCCACUCUAUAAGUAAAGAGAGGAACCAAAGCUCAAA